UCUGAAUUUCUUUCCAGUGAGAGAAAAAAGAGUGAGGAAAGAUGUCCAUUGUCGAGUCCAUUGUCAAGCUCCUUCUCCAAAAACUCGCUGACCCAAUCCUUCAAGAAGCCAUUUUCUUAUAUGGCGUUGGUGAUCAAGUCGAAUGGCUAGAGGCGGAAUUUAAGCGGAUGCAAUGCUUCUUGGAAGACGCAGACGCCAAACAAGAAGGAGAUAGAAGAGUAAAGGGCUGGGUGGGGGAUGUGAGAGAUGUUGCAUAUGAUGCUGAGGACGUCAUCGACACCAUUCUCUUCAAGGUAGCAAACUUGAGGCGAACUGGCAUUAAAAGGUACGCUUGCAUCUUCAAUGAAUUGAAACCUCGCCAUGAGGUGGGAUCGAAGAUCGAGCGAAUAAAGGCUAAAAUCCGUGCGAUCUCUGAAAGUAGAUCGACGUAUGGAAUUGAAAAUAUAGGCCAAGGAGCAGGAACGAGCUCUUCCGGUCUAAGCCUCCAAGAAUGGAGGCUCACUUCUCCUCUUUCUCAAGAAACAGAUUUUGUUGGCUUUGAGAAGGAAUUGGAGAUGUUGGUGGCCCAGUUAACAGAGGGAGAGCUGCGACGUUGUGUUGUUUCUGUAGUAGGAAUGGGUGGUCUCGGUAAGACCACUCUUACUAAGAAACUUUAUAACGCUAAUACUGUUAAGAAACAUUUCCAUACUCAUGCAUGGAUUUCUGUAUCACAAGAGUAUUCUGCGAGAGAUCUUUUGCGGACCAUCACAAAACGCUGUAUGGUUCUGUCUAAAGAGGAGCUCGAGUUGGUGGAGAAGAUGGACGUUGUUGACCUGAGGGACAAGGUCUCUGAGUAUCUGAAAGAAAAGAGGUACCUAAUGGUACUUGAUGAUUUAUGGACAAAAGAAGCAUGGAAUCAUCUGAAAGAUGCAUUUCCGGAUGUGAAUAAUGGCAGUAGGGUCAUGCUCACCACACGAAACAAAGGCGUAGCUUUAUUUGCAGAUCCACGAAGCCAGCCCCAUGAACUGCGAUUUCUAACCAAUGAAGAGAGCUGGGAUUUGUUCUGUAAAAAAACAUUCCUAGGACAAGAUGGUGGUUGCCCGCAGGAUUUAGAGAAGCGGGGAAGAGAGAUUGUGGAAAAAUGCCAUGGUCUCCCUCUUGCGAUUGCAGUCAUUGGAGGGCUCUUAUCAGGAAAGGAAGAAAGGGAGUGGGAGAAUAUACGCAAGAGCAUCAGCUGGCAGUUCGUCGAGGGAGAAGUCCAAAUCUCCAGCAUAUUAUCUUUAAGCUAUAAAGAUUUGCCCUAUUACUUAAAACCAUGUUUUCUCUACCUGGGCAAUUUUCCAGAGGACCAUGAGUUCAAAGCCAAGGAAUUGAUUCGACUGUGGGCCGCAGAAGGGUUUCUUAAAGAAAAAGGCGAGCUAACAUUGGAAGAGGUUGGAGAAGAUUAUCUGAUGCAGUUGGUCCAGAGAAGUAUGGUUCAAUUGAUAAGAAGAAAUUCAAGCAGGGGUAUCAAAAGUUGUCGCAUCCAUGAUCUUUUGCGUGAUCUGUCCAUAUCAGAAGCUAAGGAAAGCAAGUUUCUCGAAGUUCAGGGUGACAAUGGGAAUGCUCCUCCUGCAUCUAGAGUCCGUCGGCUUGCAAUUCACCUUAACGACCCAAGGAAAUUAAAAAUCAAACAGCCUUCCACACCGCACCUUCGUUCUAUGUUGAUCUACGCCCAAGGCUCUGCAUUGCUUGAAGAGGAACAAAGCAAGUUUCUAAUCGGAGGCUUUGAGUUGCUUAGGGUGCUAUAUCUAGAUGGUGUAGAAAUAAGAGAGCUACCGAAGCAAAUAGGUGAACUAAUCCAUUUGAGAUAUCUCAGGUGUACAAAAACUAAGUUAAAAACCCUCCCAUCAUCGAUAGGCAAUCUUAUCAAUUUACAAACUCUAUUAGUAGAAUCCCGUAAUAGAGUUGAAGUACCGGAGACAAUUGGGAAGAUGCAUCAGUUAAGACAUCUUCAAUUUCGGGAAUGGGGAGAGAUAGGAGGGCAUCCGAGGCUCGACAAGAUAAGUAACCUCCAGACUCUAUCUGGAGUAAAUGCUGGCAAAUGGAUGGAGGGUUGCUUGGGAAAGCUCACCAAUCUUAGAAAAUUAAAAAUAUUUAUCGAUACAGAAGCUGAUGCUGAGUUAUUCUCUAAGGCGAUUGUCGAUCUGAAAUGCCUCCAUCAUCUGUCGGUGACAGUUAAAGACGUUACCUGA